AUGAAUUAAAGUAAUAACUCUUACUUUUAUGAGAUUCCAAAUCGGAAUGAUAUUUUAUGGAAAAGAAUGGAUUCAUUAUAAGUAUUUGAAUUAGUUCGUUCAUUAAAUUAAGAUCAUCAACAGAAUAAAAUUUAUUCGAUUAAUGGAUAGGAUGAAUUAAUAGAGAAACCACAUUAUAAUUUAAAGAAUUAAUAUCUAUAAUCCAAAAAUAAGUACUUAAAUUUGGAAAACCUAAUUUUGAAGAAAACAAUGAAAGAUCAUGUAAUAUAAAUAUUUAUGAUACUAGUAUUAUGGAUUAGAAUUAAGUACAAAUUAUGAAACGUUGUAUUUAUAUGGAUGUAAGGAUAUUAUUGAAGAAUGGUAUAGUUACAUUAAAAUCUAUACAAUUUAAAAUGAUUUUCGAAUGAACUAUGAUUUUAUAAAAUUGACUGGAAAGGGAGCUCAUGCAAAAGUAUAUAAAGUAUAUUGUAAGAGAGAUAAUUAAAUAUACGCAGUAAAGGUUUUUAAAAAGAAAAAUAUAAAUAACAAAGUAACAAAUAAAUAUUAAUCAAAGUUUGGUCUAUUCAAAGAAAUCUAGAUAUUAAGAUAAUUAUAGCAUAAAAAUGUAAUAAGAUUAAAUGAAGUUUAUGAGAAUGCUAAACAUUUAUACUUAAUUUUAGAUUAUCUAGCAGGAGGUGAAUUACUAUCAGCGAUUAGUUAAACAGAAGUAUAUAGUGAAACAGUAGUACAAGAAUUAAUUUAAAAUUUAUUAAUAGCCUUGGAUUAUAUACAUUAAAAUAAAAUUUUGCAUAGAGAUAUCAAACCUUAAAAUUUAUUAUUAAGAUCUUUGAAUAAUAUCACAGAUCUUGUAAUUGCUGAUUUUGGUUUAUCGGAUGAAUAUAAUUGUAAAGGUGAGUAUAUAUUUUAAAAGUGUGGAACUAUAGGAUAUAUAGCUCCAGAAAUUUUAAGAAAUGAAAUCUAUGAUUAUAAAGUUGAUAUAUUUUCUGUUGGUGUUAUUAUGUUUAUGUUAUUAACAGAUUCAAGUCCAUUUGAUGGUAAAAAUACUGAUGAAGUAAUAACAAAUAAUUUUUAUUGUAAAAUAAACUUUGAGCAACUUACAAAGUCUAAAAUAAGUACUCAUGCGUAUGAUUUUGUGAAAUUACUUUUAGAAUAAAAUCCAAAUUUAAGACCAACAGCUUAAGAAGCUUUAAAGCAUGAUUGGUUUUAUUUACCUAAAAUGGAGACUUUACAAUUCUUUUCACUUUCAUUAAAAAAUAUACCAUUGUUUAAUAUCAAAAAAAGACCUCAAUUAUAAUAAAUCUUAAUUUCUUAAUCUCCAUUAUGGAAUAACCUUGGAUCUAAACUUUCUCUUUCAGAUAGUUCAAAAUCAAAGAAUGGUUCAGAAUGUUUAAGCAUCCUUGAUGAUAUUUAAGAUUAAGUUUAAGAAGAGGAAACUUAAGUUGAUUAUAAAUAUUAAUUCAAAUUGAGAUAAUCUAGUAUUGAUGAAAAUUUAGAAGAAAUGAAUGAUAAUGAUUUCUAUAAGUAUACUAAAUCUCCAGCCAGUUUGUUAUAAAUUUAUCAUUUAAGUAUUAAAGGAGGUAGAUAAUGA